GCUGCUGGGAAGGGGGACAGAGCAGCCUCUCUCUCCUCACUCUUCCCCAGCCACCUGUCUAGUGGGCAGAAACUGCAGCGCCGGAGCGCAGAAGGGAGCGCGCUGAAGCCUGAGCCGGCCCAGCCUCCGGAGCGCUCUCCAGAGCUUUCGGGCGGGGCUCUGAGCCCUCCUGGGCCCCGCCCCCACGCUACCGGGCCACGCCUCCCGAACUCUAGGCUCCGCCCACCCGGUCGGAGUCCGCAGAGGCCAUGGGGACACGGAGCAGCCCGGACGAGGGGACCCUGCCGCCCGCGGUCCCCGAGUGCGACGCGGAGGUCCGAUCUCAAGGGGCCGCCCCGUCCCGGGAGCUCCCCGAGGACUCCCGCGAGCAGGAGGUGCCCGAGGCCGCAGCAGAGCUUCCGAGCGGCCACGGAGCUGAGCAGCAGGCGGAGGAAGAGGAAGAAGUGGGAGAAGGCAGCAGCACGGAGAGCAGCCGCGAUGCGGUGGAGGCUUCGCCUUCCGUUCAGAUCCCGGCCACGCCACCCGCAGCCUCUCAGGCUGGGGAAGGGGUGCGAGGGGCGGCGCGGCGGCUUCAAGCCCAGCAGUUGGAGGCACUGACUCGCGUGGCUUUGAUGGAGCAACGAGUGAAGGAGCUACAGCGUCAGAGGAAGGAACUGAGGAUCCAGAUGGAGGUGGAGGUGACCCUGCUUCGGUGUGAGCUGGCUGGGGAGCGAGUGGCCGUCUGGCGGGAGGAGGAGCAGCUCUGGGAGCUGCUGGGGCAGCAGGUGGACUCAGAAAAGGGCGGCCGAGAGCAGCACGAACAGGCGCAGAGGCACCUGAGCCAGGAGCGGGAUCGUGUGGAGGGUCUUCGCCAGAGACUCCGGGAGGCCCAGGGGCAGCUCGACUUGCAGCCGGGAGACCAGCGUGAGCGGCUUCUGCAGGGAGUGCAGGAGAUGAGGGAACAGCUGGCUGUGGCCGAGCAUGCCUACGAGGACCUGGAAUUCCAGCAGCUGGAACGAGAGAGCCAGCGGGAGGAGGAGGGUUGGGACAGUCCCAGGGCCCGGGCACCGGGCCCCAAGGUCCAGGAACUCCAGGCCAGCGUGGUGCAGCACAGGCGCCGGAUCCAGGUCUUGGAGGAGCAGCUCAAGUCACUGGGGAAGCAGAUGGCAGCUGAGAGCUGGGGGCUGAGCCAGAAGAAGGAGGAGGCCCUUCAGGCCCUGACCCAGGAACGGAGCAGACUGCUCAAGCUCAAUUGCCUUCAGGGAACCCCUGGCGGGGACUUCUCUGAGCCAGGACAGGCCCUCACCAAGCUCCUGUUCACCCAGAAGACAGACCGCCAGUUGCUGGUUCUCCAGGACCCCACUGCCCACGCUACCGCCGCCACCUCUUCCUGCCUCUUCUCCGUUCACGGCUCCCUCCAGGGCUCCAUUGGCCUCCAGAGGACUGGAAGCCUGCCCCGGAAGAGGGGAGAGAGAGUGAGCCAGAGGGGAUCCCCCCGGCCUCUGUCCUUCUUUUGUACUGGAGCCCUGGAGGCCUCGGCCCUCCCGCCAGCAGCCGGAGACUCCGGGAGACACCCCCUCUAUCAGCUGCUGAACUGUGGCCCCAGAAAUAUUUGUGGGGCCCUCCACCCGGACAUCGCCCGCACGGAACGGCUCCUGCGGCAGGCUGUGGCAGAGAGGGAGCGGCUGCUCCAGGCCAGGGAAGGGACCAGAAGGAGCACGGAAGGCGCCUCAGACCCCCCUGUACCUGCCAUCAUGGCCCCGCCCACAGCCCCAUCCCGCCCUCCUGGUCCUCGGGUCUUGGAUCUCCGGCAACACCUGGAACGCUGGGGCCACAACCCGGAAAGCUGCCCGCACAUACGGGUGUCCGGGGGCUGCUGCCGCGGACCCCUGGUGAAGAUGGGAGGCCGCAUCAAGACCUGGAGGAAGCGGUGGUUCUGCUUUGACCGCCAGGCCCGCCGCCUGGCCUACUACACAGACAAAGAAGAGACCAAGCUCAAAGGCGUCAUCUACUUCCAGGCCAUUGAGGAAGUCUACUACGACCACUUACGCUGUGCCUUCAAGAGCCCGAACCCUCGCCUAACGUUCUGUGUCAAAACCUACGAACGCCUUUUCUACAUGGCGGCGCCAAACCCAGAGGCCAUGCGCAUCUGGAUGGACGUCAUCGUGACAGCGGCGGACGAGAACCACGCCCCCUGAGUGAACAUACCCUCUCAGGGGGACGUCCCAGCGAGGCUCUGCCCCGCACGCGCUGCCUCGAAGCCACGCCCACUGCUGGAAAUCCUGGGCCAGCCCCGUUGGAACUCUCCCGGGAAUUUUGUGGGCUCGGCGGCUCGGCAGGUCUGAGCCGCGCAGUUCUGGGCUGCAGGUGUCUUCCCCGGACGGGAAGCCAGCCCCUGAGGCUCUGCCCCGGGUGGGAGGAAGGUUGCGGGGGCUGGAAGGAACUAUUUAUUGGUGCUCCUGCGAUACCGAAUUAAACUUGGAGGAAAAACAGUG